GCAGCCGUUUGGUCAGCCACACGCACUGCAGUCGUCUUGGGAGCGGGAGUCGCCGGUGCGUUGGCAGGUCCUGCCGGAGCUGUAGCCGCAGCAGCCGCUGCUGGCGCUGGUAUGUACAUCCGUUCAUCCAUAACAGAAAACCGAAAUGCCAAACGGAAACGUGCAGCAACAGCGACGCCGGGAACCUCGGAUGAUUCGACAGAAAGGCCAAAGCGGCCCAAAACUAAUGGCAACCAGCAGGAAAUGAUUGUAGGUAGGGACGAGUACUCACAUCAAGCCAACAGCGGAUCAUCAGGAGUUACAGACAUGCGGAUGAAUCUUGCGGACAAAAUGAUUCUACCGGCCAUAGGAACGGAAAUAAGUGUGGAUACGAGGCGCACAUAUCCGGGGACCAUUCUUCAAGAGAGUUUCGUUCAGCAAAGUUACACCAUAGUUUUACCUUCUCAUUUGGGUGUAACGAACGCCUUGGCCUCAUCUGAACGAGCUCCAACAGUUCACAGUUCGUCAACUCUUGAGAACAAAACAUGGAAUUUAAGUAGGAAACCCAGGGCAGCAGCUGUGGCUGAAAUUCAACGCCUUCAAGGUUUCUCUAAUUCGCAUGGCCAACUGAGAAACAACGAUCCGAAUUUUAAUAGGAAUUUUUCUGUUGGUCUACGUUGCGAUGAGGACGAAGAAGAGGAUGAGGAUGAAGAUAUUUUGUCAACCAACUUAAGUACUAGUAAAAAUGUGACUUGGAUAUUAGAAGCAUGGGCUUGUUGGGCGACGUGGUCAACCAAGUGGUCAACUCCGUACCAAUAGUGGGCCACAUCAAGGGAAUGGUCCACUAUGCGUGCGGCGAUACGGAAAGAGGUGACGCAGCCGUUUGGUCAGCCACACGCACUGCAGUCGUCUUGGGAGCGGGAGUCGCCGGUGCGUUGGCAGGUCCUGCCGGAGCUGUUGCCGCAGCAACCGCUGCUGGCGCUGCUGCCGAUCUUACCUUUUACGCCAAUGGAGAGCCACAGUUGCACGGUAUCGCCCGGGUAAUCAAGACUCCCAGAAAAUCCCUUUCUUGGCUUGCGGCAGGCAUCAACGUGUUGGGCGAUGGAUGCCUUGGCGUCAGCCUUGGUGUCAGCGCUGGGCUCGGCGUGAUUGGGCUCAACGGAAGCGUAUUGGAAGAGCAGUUGACUAAUGUUGCCAUGAACGGCGCAUUUUUGGCGUGGACCACUUUCAAUUCCGCCGGAACAGAAAAUCGAAAUGCCAAACGGAAACGUGCAGCAACAGCGACGCCGGGAACCUCGGAUGAUUCGACAGAAAGGCCAAAGCGGCCCAAAACUAAUGGCAACCAGCAGGAAAUGAUUGUAGCUAUCGACGAAAACUCGCAUCAAGCCAUCAGUGGAUCAUCAGGAGUUACAGAAAUCCGGAUAAAUCUUGCGGAAAGAAUGCUUCUAUCGGCCAUAGGAACGGGAAUAAGUGCGGAUCCGAGGCGCACAUCUCUGGAGGCCGUUUUUCAAGAGUCUCGUUUACAGCAAAGUUACUCCAUUGUAACGAACACCUUGGCCUCAUCUGAACGAGCUCCAACAUUUCACAGAUCGGCAACUCUUGAGAAAAAAACAUGUUUUAGUGGGAAACACAGCGCAGAAGCUGUGGCUGAAAUUGAAAUUCAACGACUUCAAGGUUUCUCUAAUUCGUAUGGCGGACUGAGUAACAACGAUCCGAAUUUUAAUAGGAAUUUUUCUGUUGGUCUACGUUGCGAUGAGGACGAAGAAGAGGAUGCGGAUGAAGAUAUUUUGUCAACCAACUUAAGUACUAGUAAAAAUGGUAACUGCAUUAGUUCUAAACAUGCAGUGAAGACAAAAAGGCCGAAUGGAAGCAUGCGUGCAAACAGCAUGAGUUCUAAGCGUAAUCGUAAAGAACGUUACAGCUGUCAAGUCUGCCGUAAAAUGUUCCCGACACCUAGCAAUUUAGCUGCCCAUUUUAGGAUCCAUUCGGGAACGAAACCUUUUAAAUGUGACCUCUGUUCCCGGUCAUUUCGCCAGAAAAUUCAUUUACAGAGUCAUAUGCGUAGCAUUCACAAGAUCAUAGUUGACAAGUGAUUCAGUUAAAUUUUAUUGAUACUGACGAUCAAUUAAUUGAUCUACCUAAAAAUACUUGCUUCCAAAAACGUUCAUACAUUGAUCCUCUUUAACAUUUCACCAUAUGUUCCUGGAAACUUGCACUCGUGUUAACAUGUGAAAAU